UGACAUUUUCCGCAUCCGAUUCCAUAUGACAGAAUACUUGUGGACUUUCGAGUAAUAUCUCGCCCAAGUCUUUGUUCACAUUUAUAUUUCUGAUAACCUUCUCACUAUGUGGUUGUAGCUCUUUGCACAGUGUUCUCCACGCUGGUGGAUCUUGCAGAAAUAUUAAUAUGUCUUCAUAGUUGUCUAGCGGCUUACAGGUUAGCUCCUCUGUCACCCAAAUUUGUUUUUCUGUCAUUGUUUUUGUGAACACUAUAAUAAAAAGAUUUAUCAAGUAGACUCACUACGUCCUUGCCACUUUAGAUUUCAUUCAAAUUUAAAAUUAGAUAUAAGCAUUAAACAUAGUACUUGUUCGCCGCAAGUUAAUAGUGCAUGUCGUACUCAAAUUUAUUAUACUUGUCCCAUGACUUACGUCUAAAUGUCACAAUCCAUCAGUUAAGAUACACAAUAUACAAAAAAAACAACAUGCCUUAGCUAAACUAUAAUAGACAAGUGCCAGCCAAAUGCGCAAAUGGUUGCCUCUAAAAAGGCUUCAGCAAGUUUACUUCAAGGCUUUCAUUGCAUCUAUCCUGGGUUUGAUAGCAUUGAUUCAAUUUUUUGCAUGCUAUGGAUAUUAUAACUAUGACUGCAUACCUAGGAGUGAAAUAGAGAAGCAUAUUUAUUUACAUGCAAACCCUAAUUUAGUGAAAAGAACUAAGCCAGACUGUAGAUAUGAGGAUAUUUAUCAGAAAUAUUACCCAGAUGAUUGGCAAAUCAAUGGGCAUGUUGAUGGGUUUCUUCCACAUGGAAUUGUAAAUGGCAGCUUCAUUCCAAAGGACUGCAAUCCUCUGAUAAGUGUUGCUAUACUUGUUACAUAUAGAAAGAGACAGAAGCAAUUGGAUAUAUUUAUUCCAUAUAUACAUAAUUUUUUAAGGAAACAAAAUAUACACUACAAGGUAUAUGUAAUUGAACAACAAGAUGAUAAGCCUUUCAACAAGGGCCUGUUGUACAAUGCGGGUGCGCGGAGGGCCCUCGAGGAGAGAUUCCCGUGUCUCAUUCUGCACGAUGUAGACCUUUUGCCGGUCAACGCCGCCAAUAUCUACUCCUGCUUGAGCCUUCCUCGACACAUGAGCGCUAGCAUCGACAAGUUCCGCCUCAACCUGCCCUACGAGUCCCUAACAGGCGGGGUCCUGGCCAUCCGCGCCGACCACUUCCGCCAGAUCGACGGCUUCUCCAACCGCUUCCAAGGCUGGGGCGGAGAGGACGACGAUCUCGCGCUGCGCCUGCGACACGCCGCUUUAGAUAUUUUAAGACUGCCCCCGGAGAUGUCGAGGUACCGGAUGCUGGUGCACCGUCAGGAGCGCAAGAACGCGGCUCGCCACCGGUUGUUGAAGAUGGGGCCCGAGCCAAGGGACGGGUUCCGAGCGCCCGACGACCCCGCCCCUCUCGCCUCCGUCACCCACACACGCCUGUACGCCCUCAUCAGAGUGCGUACGUGAUUUCCUUGGCACCCCUUAUUCGAGCGCUGCUAGUCAUUGGUAAAUUGUGUUGAAAGAUCGCGCUUAGUCGAAUAAAGUGAAAAUCAAUUAUA